AUGCCCCCCCUUCGCGCACACAGCCCCCAAUUACAAUCCCCUAUAUCUCCAAUGCGUCCCAAGAAGACCGUGGUGCUCCCAGGCUUUCGCGCACCUCCAAAGCCCAAGCCCAAAUCCAUCACUCAAAUGACUGCGCGAGAGCUACAUGACCAGCACGAUCGGAAUGCAAGACUGUUAAACUCGUCAUCAGCCUGCACGUCCGCCCUCGGACAACGCCUUUCGGCCGAGCAAGCAGCUAUCGAAUCUCGCCUGCUCGAUUUCGAGGGCGUUGAAGAAAUUCGCAACGGUCUUAAGAAGACUAAUAUCAAUGCCGACGAGAUCAUGAUUGUCGACCAACCGCGCAUGCCUCGUGUAAUCGAUGCCAAGCAUAGGGCACUGUCCCGCUACGCACCCAUCACACCCAAUGGUGCUCAACAAGUUAGCUCCCUGAGUCUACAAGAAGCAAUAGAGCUGGAGCAACGCGCCCAUGCCCAAGACGCAGCGAGACAACAACGAUCAGAUGAACGUAAGAGGCGGAUAGGGCUCCCAAUCAGAGGGGAAGUUCUUUCCAGAGCAGAAAUGGAUGCACGGAUGAGGGCAUUCAUUAGCUACAAGCCGACGGACUCAGACCUCGAAGAUGAUAUGGAUGAGGACGAUGAAGAUGAUGAAGACCCGUCAACAUGGUUCGAAGACGACCAGGAUGAUGGUGUCAAAGGUCAAGACAUCAUCGAACCGGACUACGAAGAACUCUCUAGCAUUAUCCGGGUUGAUGAGAGCAGAGCGCGAUACAGCACCUUCUUCGAACCCAGGGAUGGUGAUUGA